AUGUCCUACUACCAUGAUGACGAUGACAUUGAUUGUGGUCUCAGCUGCUUUGGCAGUAUCCGAGAAAUAUUCACGAAUCGAAAUAAUGGAUUUGAAAGGUUUCAUUCCCUUGGCAUAGACAACCUGUUUGGCUCUUCUCAGCCAACUCCCCCAGUCUUCAAGACCAUCACCGCAAUCAUAUCACCAUACCACAUGGGAGUUCGCGACAAAGAAGUCGCCUGCGGUCCCGAUGCACUGAUACAAGCUGGUCUGCUCGAGGCUUUGCGUCAGCUGGGUCUCGUCGUUUACGAAAUUGUGCUUGAGCCCGUCGACGAGUUUGAGGGUGAGAUCGGUAGAAGUUUUGAGUUGCACCGGAGAACAUCCAAGGCUGUUACUCGGGCUGUUGAGAGUAACUCUUUCCCACUAAUCCUCUCUGGGAAUAGCAGCUCUACUGUUGGUGUCAUGGCGGGCAUCGCCAACUCGCGGCUCUAUCGCGAUGCUGAUCUCCCCGGGUGUCUCUGGUUCGAUGCCCAUGAUGGCUACAACACUCCUGACAUAAUUCUCAGCUGCUACCUGGAUGCUAUGGGUAUUGCUAUGCUGGAGGGGGAGGCCUGGAAGGCACUUCUUGAGACCAUUCCUGGCUUCAGACCGCUGAAUCUGAAGCGAAAGCUGAUUCACUGCGGCAUGCGCGAUGUCACUGAGGAGCAGAGACACCGUGUCGUUCACGCUGGCUUCCCCGUCGUACGGGGGAGUACAGAAGAAAAGGUGAACUUUAAAGACGAGCUCCAGUCGCUGCUGAUCCAGAAAGGCGCCUCUCCUAGAGUGAUCCAUCUCGACCUGGACUAUCUCGACACUUCUGCUGGCAUCGCCAACAAGUAUGCCGCACCCGGUGGCUUGUCCAAGCAGGAUCUAGUGGGAUACAUGCUUAUCGCUCUCGGCUGGCAAACGACCGUACCCAAUAUCAUCAUUUGA